GCACAACAUAUUAAGAAGUAGGAAGAAAAAUGAAUGCGAAUGAAAAACGGCGAUAUGUUUGUUCGAAAUGUAUCAUUGUAUCAGAAAUGCAUUCAAAAACACAAUUCGACCACAUUCAACCAAUUUUUCCAGAGAGUAGAUGCGGACAGCCGCUUAUCUCUGCAGGACUUAGUAUGUCCGAUAAGGUGUCUUGGAUAUUGAAAUUUCCUGCAAAUAAAGAUGCUAGGUGCUACAUCGAGAAGAAAUCUGUGAACUGUUCGGAAGGACACCUGAUGAUCAGCCCAUGUGACUGUCCUUGUGAUAUACCUGAACAAUGGAUUCUUGAUGAAAAUGAUUCAGUGCCUCCCAAUGAAGAUGUGAAUUCUCAAGGACGACCAGCACCAAGUGGAGGUUUUAUACCUGCUGAACAUUUGUUACAACAAUUAGGAGAUAUGGGUUUUUCUAAAAAUGAAUCAAUAAGGGGACUGUUUUACACAGGAAACAGGGAUGUACACGUGGCAACCGAUUGGAUAAUUAACAAUAAAGAUAAAGAUUCUGGACUACCAUUUCCCAUGAUUCAGAAUCCUGUUUUACCUUACCCGUAUGCACAUGAUUUUCCUCCGGUUCCGAUGUUAGAUCCUAGAUACAGACCACAGGGGGGCGUUUUUCCUCCAAGAGCUCAGUUUCCAGGUUAUCCAAUUGGAUAUCAUCAGAACGUACGGAUGCAGCCACCAGCAUAUCAAAUACCUACAGUAAUGAGACAACAUUCAGUUGAAAACCCUACGGCAAGAAAUGAUUCGGCUGUUGAGGUUACGGCGCAUUCACAGCAAGACUCUCCUGAAAUUAUAUACAGUCGGCAGAAGUCACAACAACCAAAUAUGGUACAGAAUAUAGUACAAAAGAAAAUACGCGCGAAAACAAAACAAAUAAAAGUGACAAAUCUUCCAGUGGAAACAACUGAAGAAAAUUUAAGGUUUUUCUUCGAGAAUAAACGGCGAUCUGGUGGAGGGGACGUAGAUAAUGUAACCUACGAUUCCCAUAAUGCAUCAGCUGUUGUUACCUUUGUAGAAGACAAUGUCGUCGAUACCAUUCUGGAAAGAUCCCCUCUCCAGUUUAUGAAAGCAGAUAUCGGGGUUGAAAUCUACAAACCCAUAGAAUUGCACAUAGAACACGUAGAUUCCAAAAGAAACUUACAUCAGGAACACUCUUUACCUAAAGAUAUUUCCAGUUGUGUGGUAGAAGUCUGUGGAGUAAAAAAAUCAACGCAACAGAUUACUUUAGAAUAUUAUUUUGAGGGCAAAUAUGGCGCUGAUGAAGAUAUCAAACAUAUUGAUUUUGAUGAAGAAAAGAACAUUUAUCUGUUAACUUUCGAAUCAGAGUCCGCUGUAGACAAAAUAGUUGGAAAAACACAUACAAUAGAUGGAGCCUUAUUAGACGUAAGAAAAUUUAUCCCUCCUGACAGAUAUCCGAACAAAGUUUUAGUUAAAGAUAUAAAGUCUACAGUUACUAAGGAAGGAUUGAUAAAUUACAUGGAAGGAAGAACAAAGUUUGAUGUAGACGAUGUCAAUUUUAGUGAAAGUGACCCUUCUAUUGCUGUUGUAACAUUCUGCGGAGAUGUUCAGAUCGCCGAAAUUCAGCAAGCAUGUGAGAAAAAAUCUUUGGAGAAAGUUAAUUUACAAAUCAAACCAGUUAUUGUCAGUGACUGUAUAAUAGUCAGUGGGUUUAGUGAGAAGACAACAGAAAAUGCGUUGGAAUACUAUUUUGACAAUAAAAGGAAGUCUGGUGUUGAACGGGUGUCAAAAGUACAAAUGGAAAACGGUUAUUGUUUGGUUUACUUCGAGGAUCCAAAUGAUGCAGAAACUGCAUGUCGAAGAUCACACACAAUCGACAACUGUCUACUAAAAGUUGAAAUGUUUUAUGAGUGCUUAGGACCUCCAUUGUCUGAAGCUAAGGAGGAGGAUACUGAACCAGCGGUAGAGUAUGUUGACACUGAUACUCCGCCUGUAAUUCUCAGUAAUAUUAAUCCGACUGUACUUCAAUUUUUAUUGCAUUCUGGAACUUCGCAAGAAUCUGUCAGUCAAAAAAUGAAUAAAAUUAAUGCAAACAUUACGUGGCCUUCAUCGACGUCUGAACCUAUAAAACUAGAAUGCUCGCUUUCAACAGAUAAUCCAGAUACAAAACAGAUUGCAGAGACAUGGGAACAGGACGUGCGAUUUUGUUUUGAACAGCUUAUUCGGGAUGUUACAGUACAAAGACAUUAUACAGUGAGAGAAAUAUGGAAUGAUGUUUUAGAUGAAAUUAACGCACAACAAAUUAAGGAUACAGACAGUGCUAUCGUAUCAUUUAAUAACGAAGCAUGUGAAAUUCAUGUUGUUGGUCAGAAAUCUUUUGCAUUACAAAUAUCAAGUAAGAUUGAAAGAAUCCUUACAGAAAAGACCGAUGAUUUUAAUAAAACACGACAGCUCAUUUGUGACGACGUGACAAUAGAACAAUUCCAGCAGUCCAUUCUGCAAAAAAAAAAUUUUUGGUCUGAUAUGGAAAAUAAAUAUCCAGAACUAGAAAUAGACGUUCUAAUAACCAAACCGGUAGUAAAACUGAAGGGAAUGAUAAGCGAUAUAAACAUGGUGAAAAUGGAAAUGUACGCAAAACUAUCCUGUGUUAAACAGCAUUGUAUUGGACAAGUGUCUUUAGAUUAUAUGAAAUUUCUAAGCCAACCAGAAGUAGAGACUUUGAUUAAAAAUGAAAUUAUAGCUAGCGGUAUAUGUGGUAUUUGGGAGCUUGAUGACAAUAAAAUUACUAUAUACGCAUUUACAGCAGAUGAUGCAACAGAUAUUGAAAAGAUUUUCAAAAAAAAAGUCAUAGAUAUGAAAAUUCCUGUUGAGGAUCAAAAUAAAACAUUGUGUUAUUCCAGAGACUGGAAACAAUUUGUAGAAAAUAUUAAGAAAGAAUAUCAAGAUCAAAAUGUUUUUAUUCAGAUAACUGCACAUCAUGGUGAGGAAAUUAUGCUUCUUUGUACAGCGCAGAUAGAAGCGAAAAGCAUACGGGAAAGAAUACAAGAUUUUAUAUUUGAAAAUGGAAGAAGUGAGCAAACUAUUCAUUUUUCAGCCCACCAGAUGAAAUUCAUUAAACAUCGUCAUCAGGAUAAAAUAGAUAUAGCUAAAAUGCAUCUCCAGGCAAAUAAUGUUGAUGUAGACUUUGAGCCUGACUGCAUUGUGGUAAAAGGAAACAAAAAAGGUAAAAAGGCUGCCAUGGAUGAACUUGGUCCGAUAAUAAAAUUGAUGCAAUCACAAAUGAAGAAAGAAGAUGUUAGGCCAAUGGUCCCAGGCGGAUUAGGUUUUGGUAGUGCUGUUGCGUCAUUCAUAGCAGAAGAUGGCCAAAGUGUUAUGGUACUGUGCUGUGAUAUAUCUGGAUUAGAUGUCGAUGUUAUUGUAAGCCCUGCAGACCAGCAAUUGUCUAAUAGUGGUGGACUGUCUAAAAUCAUAGCUGAAGAAGGGGGUACACAUAUACAGAGAGAGUGUAAGGAUUACCGACGUAGUCAUGGACUUUUGAAUGAAGGCGAUGUUUUUUGUACAAGCCCUGGCACUCUAAAAUGUAAAAUGGUAGUUCAUGCUAUUGGGCCUGUGUGGCAAAAUCUACAGUCCAAUGAAGAUGUCGUCAUGACAAACUGUGUGUAUGCUAUUUUAAGUGAGGCAGACAGAAAACAUUUUCAGACGGUAGCUAUCCCAGCACUUUCAACGGGGACAUCUAACUAUCCAGUUGAUGAAGCUGCUAACACAAUAGCACUGGCUGUUCGGGGAUAUUUCAGAAAAAAUCCAAAUAGUUCUUUGAAAACUAUUUAUUUGUGCGACAUUGCAGCUAAAGUAGCGGAUAUUUUUGUCAACGCUGCUAGCAGAAUAUUUAAGAGUUCUGAUAAAAGACCAAUUACCUCAAGAGGUGUUAAAGACGGUUUGACAGUUGCACAGCAUAUACCACAGAUUCAAGUUGUCAUCAGAGAUUUAGCGCAGAUGCAGGUCGAUGUCAUUGUGAAUACCACCAGCCAAGAUUUACAACUUGAUCGGAGCGGUGCAGUGUCUGCUUCAUUGUUAAAACAUGGUGGCAAAUCAAUUCUUCAGGGGUGUCAGAGGUAUAAAGGUACAAUCCUGGACUUUGGAGCUAUUGCUGUAACAACUGGUGGUUUACUUAAAUGCAAGUCUAUAUUCCAUGGAGCUCUGCCAGAGUGGAAAAGGGAUGGUUCGUCUUUACAGAUACUUAAUGCAUUUAUUAAUAACUGCAUGGUGACAGCAUCUCAAAGCAGAUGUACAUCAAUAGCGUUUCCUUCUGUUGGCACUGGUAGGUUAAAUUAUCCACCAGGUGAGGUCGCUAACGAGAUGUUUAAGGCUGUUGGACAGUAUUUCCAGAAUCCUUCACAGGCAUUCCAAAACUAUACCACUAACCAACAAAGAAUGAGACAAUUGACCAAUAUGAAUGCUUUCCAAGCAAUGAGUCGACACCAGCAACAGCAUACACAGACAGUUAAAGAAGUAUAUUUUGUAUUGUACCACAGAGAUGUUACUACUAUCAAGGCCUUUGAGGAUGAAGAGGCAAGGCGAACACCAAAGUCCUCUGGGGAUGGAGACGUAAGGCCAAAACCAAAGCAGAGCUCAAGACGGAAAGAUAGACUUUCAUAGCUCAGAUUUUAAAUGCAUUCAUAUCUAAAUAUAUAACUGUAGUUUCCAUUCCUAUUAAUCCACAAAACUUGUCCCACCCAGAUCCUCCCUUAUGUGAUAUUGAUGAAUAAGGCCAGUGGUACCAAUAACCAGGUUGCUAUCCCUUUGGUGCCCAAAAUGCUGAAGAGUUACAGUGCAGAUAAAGGCACUUGAUUUACAAUAAUCAGAGUUAAGUAAAGAGACCAAGACAUAUAUGCCAACUGGUUAUUGUAUUAAAGUACAAACUGAACAAACACAGGUUUGGGAGAAGAAUCACAGUUUAAUAUUUUCUUUGCAUAUCAAUAAGCAAUAAACAUAUUUACAAAGAAAGCAAAAUCAAGUUGAAAAACUGUGGUACUCCAUACAAAAAGUCCAUAAAAACUGUGAGUUCUUUGAAACAUUACUACUCUACUAAUUAAACAAUAUAGAUAUAUGCAAAGCUGAUUCUACUAAUGCAAUAAUAUCCGUAAUAUAUGUAUAUAGCAAAUAAAAAUAAAUGUCCACUAGGGAGUGGAGGUUGUGAAGAAAAUAUUUUCCCGAAAAAUUUAAAAUGACUGCUACAAGCAAGCGCUGCUUUAAGAAUAAUUAAGCGUGCGUGUUUAAAACAAAAGCCCUGCUAAAUAAGUGCUGAUUGGUUAAUUCAAAAUUAAUGAGCAAUCUCAUUGGUUAAUUAGUAUGAUCUCCCAAAACAAUUAGUAAACGAGAAGCACAUGCAGAAGUGACUGGGAAACCCCUUUGCUGAUUGGAUAAUAAUCUGAACACUUGAGGGCCCCUGCAUAGCUUAAGUACAGCAGUCCAAAACGUAUUGUGUCUUAAUUAUCUAUUUAUAUAAAAUAGUUCCUUCAAAUAAUUACUGUUACAUGUAUUAAGAUAACUGUACCAACAAACAGUACCAAAAAUAUAGGAAUAUAACUCUUUUUGUCAUUUCGGUCACACAACCUUAAUAUGAAAUAUUCUUUGUAAAACAGUUAGAGAAAAUUGCUUGAUUUCAAGUUCCAGUUGUGAAAAUUUUUCAUAUUGUAUGAAGGGAAAACACAUUUAUGUGAACGAACAAUAAUUUCAGAGAAAAAAAUAAAAUUGAAAUUGUUUCUUGUUAUUCGCAAUCGAAUUUAAACGUUUAGAAUAAAAGUUGUUUCCUGGGAUAAGACAAAGACAAGACCCCUGUAUAUAAAUGCAACACACAAUUUAAAAAUUUAAAAAAUCACUAAAUACCAAACAGAAAACUCAUGGAACCUUUAAAAAACUGGAGGGACUAAAUUACCUCUAAAGGAUAAUGAAUUUCCGGCACCAUUUGUGACACCUCUCAGGACAAGCAAAAAUCCGAUAAUAAGUGGCAUUCGGUGGCGUCAUAAACAUGUAUAGAUAUAACAUGUUACUUUUAUUAUUCUUCCCUUAGUUUAUUAAUUUUGUAUUUGCAUUGUAUCAUAGGUCAAAUUUAUUUGUUCAGUGUAUGUUCACUCGUGUUAAUAUGUCCUUUGAUUGAGUUAAGCUAUUUCAGUUGAUAUUUUAUAGUGUGUCUUUCUAUGUUGUGAUGUUACACUAUUGUUUCAGAAAAAGGGUGAAGGUUUGGUACCAUUAAAACGUUUAAACCCGCUGCAUUUGUUUGCACCUGUCCUAAGUCAGGAAUCUGAUGUUCAGUAGUUGUCGUUUGUUGAUGUGGUUCAUAAGUGUUUCUCGUUUUUUAUAUAGAUUAGACCGUUGGUUUUUUCCGUUUGAAUGGUUUUACACUAGUAAUUUUUGGGGCCCUUUAUAGCUUACUGUUCGGUGUGAGCCAAGGCUCCGUGUUGAAGACCGUACUUUGACCUAUAAUGGUUUAAUUUUAUAAAUUUUGACUUGGAUGGAGAGUUGUCUCAUUGGCACUCAUACCACAUCUCCUUAUAUCUAUAUGGGGGAACGGAGAAAGACUUGACAAACUGAAUAUAUACGUGAUCACUUUUUUACAGUCAUAAAGGUUAACGUAAUAAUGUUUUAAAAAGUUCGAAGAGAUUAUUUCCAAUAAUUCAUUGGGGAAACUUUGUUUCAAAGGCUUUCGGUUGAUAAGCAAUUUUCUAUUUAGGAAAAAAUUAUAAGCCUUGAAAAGUUAACCCUGGAAUAGUAUAUCAACUGGGAGAUAUAGAAUGCAUUUGAAGUUGCAACUUGAACGAUCGUACAUCAUGAAACGUUUUGGUGAGCCUAAACAGAAAAUUAAUUAAACCGGAGAUCACCCAUGAGUUGCAAUUGCAGCAAAUAGCGUGACAUUCAAAAGCCUAUAAUCUAGUAUAAAAUAUGUAUAAAUUAGAUCUGACUGGGAUGGUGUAUCAAAAACAAGACCCGCAACACCUCUUGUACCAUGCUCAUUAAUUUUCAAGUGCAACGAAAACUGUUUUGAACUUGAUAUCUAAAAACGGACGAUCACUUCGGAGCUAUUUAGAACCAAAAAUAUUUGGAAAGAAUUUUCUUGAGAUAUAGUUCCGUAACAUAAUGCACUGUAUAUGAAGGUGACAUGUGUGCUAUUGUAUACAUAACAAAUAAUAUAAUUUUUAAAUUAACUGAUUUUAACACAGGCCCGUUGGACAUAAUGUUACUUCAAUUUUAUAUGCGCAAACAAGUUAAGUACAUGCAGUACAGUCAUGAAUUCAUGUUAAAAGACAUACACGUAAUGUAAAACAACUGAGCAUAUAGAUUUCAAUAUGAAAUUGGUCGCUGAAAGCCCUGGUGGAAUCAUAGUCCCAAUGUUGCAAAUAAACGCAUCAUAGAUA